AUGGAAGGUAGCUCAAAAUCUAAAAUCCCUGAUGGUCAUUCGGUAGUUAAAAGACUGCAAAGCGAGUUGGUACAGCUGAUGAUGUCGCCGUCGCCUGGGCUGAGUGCAUUUCCUGAAAGCGAGGAGGAUUUGACCAAAUGGUGUGGUAUCAUUACAGGGCCCGACGGUACACCGUAUGAAGGGCUGCGGUUCAAGAUAGCCUUGGAUUUUGCUCAGACGUACCCUUAUGCUGCUCCAAAAGUGCGUUUUGUAAGUCCUAUGUGGCACCCGAACGUGGAUAUGAGUGGCAAUAUCUGUUUGGACAUUUUAAAAGAUCAAUGGUCGGCGGUCUAUAACGUUCAAACGAUCUUGCUUUCGUUGCAAUCGCUCCUGGAAGAGCCGAACAACAGCUCACCACUGAACGCAGUAGCAGCAGAGCUGUGGGACAACGACAUGCAAGAGUACAAAAAAAACUGA